CAAAACAGAUUCUCCUGAUGCUGAUUCAUCCGCAAAACAUACAGAAGGUGAAGAAUCACACCAACCAAUAGCUACCUUUGACGAAUGGACCAAGGAAAAAUUGAAACAGGAACUCAGGAAAGCCGUUCCUCCUGCUGCAGCUUUGGAUACUGGCUUGCCUAGCACACAAACACAACCGAUAGCACCUCCUACUGCUACAACAAGGAACUACGCGAGCAGAGAGUGUGGGGCAAAAGUUCUACUCAGCAAUGCGGAAGCAGAAAACACGAAAGCCAUAUUGAACGAAAAAGAAAAAGAUGAGUAUAUGCGCAACCCGUGUGAAAAAGCUGACAACAAGUUUGUUAUCGUGGAACUUUGCGAGACUAUUCAGCCGCGGAGCAUUGAAAUCGCAAACUACGAGUUGUUCUCAUCUGGCCCUAGAGAUAUAAGACUAUGGUCAGCGGAAAGGUUCCCUAAUGGCGAGUGGAGACUACUCAGCGAUCUUACCGCGGCGGACUCCCGGCAAAUCCAGCAGUUUCCUGUGCCUUUUACCGGUGCUUACGCCAAAUUCAUUAAGCUGCUGUCUCAUUAUGGUAGCGAACACUAUUGUACGCUGUCAGUUUUAAAGGUUCUUGGUAUAUCAAUGGUGGAUGAAUAUGAGGCAGAGGUGACCUUUUGUCACAAAUUCAUAUUCGUUCACGUUAUUGCAAUUAAGGCCGAAAGCUAUGAAGUUGGUUGUCUAUGCACUGAUUGGUGGAAUGUUCCAUGCUCAGUUUCUACGCUAACUAUUCAAAAUUAUUUUUUAGAGAAUGUUCCAUAUCAAGUCCAUUCAGCGCUUGCUUUUUUUGUCCCAAGGAUCGGUCGUACAUAUAUCCUCGUCAGUUCUGUAAAACCUUUGAAUAAUACUCGACCUCCUGCAUUUCUGGCCCGAAGUGGAAUGUCGUCUCUGAGUCGUCUGCGACGGUCCCGGUUUGCCUUUUUGCAACGCAAAUCAACGAAAGCCGAGAAGCCUCAGGAUACUUCGAGCACCAAAGUACUUUCUCAAAACAAUUUCGAGUCAGUUUUCAUGAAACUAAACAAAAGGAUUGCUGCUCUCGAACUCAAUAUGUCGCUGUCUAGCGAAUAUCUCAGUGAACUGAGUCGGCAGUAUGUAGCGCAAACUGAUGAGCACCAGAAGCAUCUGAAACAAGCAAAAAAAGUUGUCGAGGAAGCUGUGGAGGCCAUAUAUGCACGCGUUAACGAAACUCUUGCUUAUAAGGUCAGUUUGCAUAUUGUACAAAGUGCAUUCCACAAAACCAGCUUCAUCGCUAUUCACCGCCUGACGACGGACUGUGGACGGUAUAACUUACUCAUUUUGUUGGUUUUGUAUAAAGUAAUUGUGCUAUAUUUAGACGGAACAAGUCGUAUACAUGGUGGUCACAACCCAGCUUGUAACCGUCUUUUUGCUUGCCACCCUCAACUUUUGUUAUCAACGUUUUACCAUCGAGCAACCACUUUCUGA